AAGGGCAAUUCCAGCCACGUCGACAUUCGAUAACCGAAGCCGAUAAAAAUUCAUUUUUCCAGUUCAUUUUAUUAUUCAGAUGACCAAGAUCACAAGUUCACUUCUAAAUUUACAAAUUAGAACAAGUGCUGUUUUGAUAAAAAAGAGAAAAUUAUACCUGGAAUCGAGCUAAUAAUUAGUUGUGUGAUUUAUGGCAAUCAAUUCAAGUGUUGCUAUUUUUAUUUGACAUGUGUUAAAAAAGUGGCGUCGAUGUAAACUGUUUGACAUGCCAAAAGAUCCAGCAGACCGGCAUGUCAUGUGACAAGUGGUCACCCUUUUUUAGUUAAUUUAGUUAAAUUCUAUCGGUCAUGGGGGUUCUUAAUGUGCUCUAUGUGAUUCUUCAUUUUAUUAUCACAUAUAUUCACAACAUUCAUGUGGCGUUUAGUGAACUCAUUGAUCGUAUCAAACCAGUUGUUAAGGAUCGAACUUACCUCUGGCCAGCAGACUGCCAUGUUUUGCUGAAUGCCACGACUGUGAAAUUAGGUGCAAAUAUAAAAGAUGAACGUCUUCUCCUUCAAACUAUUGGAAGUGACCUGAAACUACUUCAAAAACUUCCCAUUCAUGUUGCUUGCUUGUUUACUGAGAAGGAUGUAAACAUUGAUAGAAUAAUAACUAUUGUUGAGUGGUUUGUUAGUAUGGGUGUCUAUUGCAUCAGUCUCUAUGAUCAUGAAGGUUGUCUGACUAGCUGUCAUGAUGAAAUCAAAAUCAAAUUGAAAGGUGUUGCUGCCAAUUUUCGCAAUGGAUUGAAAUCCAAAUCUGUUGCUGUUCAUAAAGGCUUUGUAACAAAAGAAUUCUACAAUUUGGAUUCUAUCAAUGUUUUCAUCAUGAAUCAAAAUGAUGGCAAACCUCUGUUUGCCCAAGUUACAAGGCAAAUAGUGGGUGAAUUAAAUUAUUGUCAAAUUGAUCAGGGUGUAGUGGAAAACACCAUGAAUCAAUUCUACCCCAAAGACCCAGAGUUGAUGUUACAGUUUGGCAGCUUACUGUCUAACACUACCCUAGGGUACUCCCCAUGGCAUCUUAGACUUACUCAGAUGAUGCGUGUACCCAAUCACAUGAGAAUACGCGUUGACCAUUUAGUUUCAACCAUGCUCGAAUAUGGUUCAUGCCAACAGCGUUACGGGAAAUAAUUAAAUGUUAAUAAAACAAUUUCUGACAACA